AUGCGGGUAUUUUCGCCUCAUCUGAACCCAGAGAAGCAUUGGUACGCUUUGAAUUCUACCUUAUGCUGUUCAAAACCAGCUGCCUUUUGUUCCACCUCAUCCGCGAAUUUAUUUCCUGAGGAAUAUAAGCUGGUCUUCCUCAAUGACCUGCGUGGCGAAGAUGGAGCUCAAGUGUCUUUCCGCUGGUUUUGCUCGUUUCGGAGCAGCGAGAAAGUAUACGUGGCUUCGGCAUUCGGUCUACUGCUUGGGAUUCUCCGCUUAAAAUCGUGGUCCAACUGCCAAUUCAUGAAGUCGGAUUACAUCCAUUGUUUGAUAUCCGUACUAAAUGCGAGAGGCUUGCAGUGCAAGGUUGGCGACUCCGACCAAAAUAUUGCCUCUCUGCCGACCCAGGUUACGGCAGCGGAAGCCCUGUACUUCACCCCACAAGUAAAAAGCAGCAAGGGAUGCCAAAAAGUCGAUCUCCCCACUGCACCGAGCACUCCAAGGCAAAGCCUGCCAAAUCCUGAAAGCCCGCCAAAAUUCGAGAGCCCGCCAAUACAAAUUCCAAGUGAUGUCCACCCAAAAGGGAAGAAACGGACAAUAGAAGAGAUCAAGGUGGAUCAGGAUCUUUCCCCACCCAGCAAAAGAAAGAAAGUCCGUGAAGUUGCCACUCGAAUUAUUCAAGACAUUCCAGAAGUCUGCGUGUACAACGGAGAAACUCUGGGGACCGUGCUGGCAGAAUGUUCGAAAAUGACAGGAAAGGAAGGCCAAGAUGUUCGCGAAACAGUGAAGUCAGUCGUUGACGCAAUGGUAGCGGAAAAGGGUGCACGAAAAGCCUUCGAGAAGCUGGUAUCCGAAGACGCGUGGAACGAAAGAGUGAAAUGUAUGAGGGUCCCUGACUGGAUGUACCUCCUAUUCAAGCUGAAGUCGAGAAUUUCAGACAGUGGCUGGCAGGAUUUAACUAAUCUUACGAAGCUUUAUGAGAACUGGGGUAAGUUACAAGAUCUAUUCUGACCUUAUGAAUUUUUGAUAGGGUGCUUAUAGUGUUCCCCAGCUAUGAAGACAGUGGGGGAGGGGAUGGGGGACUUUUAUUUUAAUUGGCACUGCUUCUAUUUUAAUUGGGUAAUGGGGGGAGGGGGCUUGUUCUUACACCUUAAAUACGUUUUUGGGGUUGGCUUUUGUCUCUAGCACAACAUUGCAUGUUUCACAGCAGGUGUAAUUUUAAAAUUUUUACAGAAAACAUCAGAUGA